AAUGUUAUGAGCUGAAAUGUGUGAUAAUAAGAACUCUCACCAUCUUUGAAACAGGAUUGCCCAUACUUCCCAACUGCAUGUUUGUUAAUAUUAGUAGUUGGACAGAGAAUCAGUAUCACUAAGCUUCGGAAUAUUGUUAAUGAUAAAAUGAAUGACUUCUCCAGUGCUACAGAACCUCAAGUAGUAACAUACAUUAAUAUUAUCAAAGAAUAUUCCAUUUUCACACUAUGAUGUGGAAUUAUCGAGUGAGUUGAUACAUAAUAAAAAUUCUACAGGUUAAAUGGAACAUAGAUAUAAUGGAAUAUUCACCACUUAGAUUUCGAUUUAGAACAAGAAAAUAACUUAAUCGUCUAUAAUAGACCCAAUCUCAAUGCAAACAAGUGUCAAGGUAGGUUUGUCAUCACUUCUGCAAUUCAUUCACUAUCCAGUCACAAUGCUGUAUUUCACCUCCAGCAAGCUUCCUGUAGGAUUUUUCACAGGUAUUCCCUACGUCCUACCUAUCCCUUCACUCAUCAUCUGCAACUUAAAGCUAAAUUGUUUUCUCUUGUUCCCAUUUCUGAUGAUCAAGCUUCGACCUGAAAAGUGAACUCUGCUUCACUUUUCACAGAUGCUGAGUAACUUGCUGAGUGUUUUCAGCAUUUUCUGUUUUCAUUUUGGGCACGCAGCGUCUGCAGAUUUCAUUUUAAUUUUCAGUCUCCUGCAGGAAGACAGUGAAUCUGUAGGAUAAAUGGGAACCUGUGCAACCUACACCAUCUGUUCUCCAGUUCCACGUUCAAUCCAAUGUCAGCCUCUGAACAUUAACGCACAGAUCAUACUUGCACAUGUUUCGAGGCUAAACUCCGGACCUUCUCAACAGCAACACACAGAUCGCAUUUGUAAAUAUUCUGAGGAUCAACUCCGGACCUUCACCAACUCAUUCACAGAGUUUACAAGAGAAUGGACUUUAAACCAGAUAUCACUAAAAAAGAGGAACUAAUAUGAACUUAAUCUCAUAGCAUGACACUGUCCCCAACAAAAGGGGCAAAUUAAGAAACUGGAAAAUACAGAAACACAAGAGAUUCUGCAGAUGCUGAAGGGUCUUGAUGAAGGGCCUCGGCCCAAAAUGUCAACUGUUCAUUCAUUUCCACUGAUGCUGCCUGACCUGCUGAGUUCCUCUAGCCUGUUAAAGGUGUUGCACAGGAAAAUACAAAUCAUUUUCUGAACAUAAGGAGCUAUCUUUCAGUGAGAGCCAACAUCAUUUAUGAAAUUCACAGUUCUCUACAAAGGGUACAAGUAGGACAUCAAGCCACACACUACCUGACCUCUCAUCCAUUCAGGUGGCCUCCUACACUGUCUGCAGCAGAGUGUUAGGAUGCCACCCCGACCUGAUUAGAAGAUUCGGAGCUAAAGUGGAAGCAAAUAAUUCUGAUCCCAAGUGACUGUGUAGCAAAAGAAAAUAUUCCUAAAGUUACAAUUCAGAGUCGUGGACUCAUACCUCAGAGAAGUGUAGCAGUUAGCACUUCAGUUUACAGCGCCAGUACUCACCAAUCGGAGUUCCCUGUAAGGAAUUUGUAUGUUCUCCCAAUAACUCUGUGGGUUUCUUCCAGGUGCUCCUGUUUCCUCACACAUUCCAAAAGAUGUAUGGUUGUGGUUGGUGAAAAUUGUGGGUAUGGUACCUUGGAGUUGCAAGUAUGGUGACACUUGAGGGAUGCCCAGCACAGCCUUUGCUGAUUUGAUUUUUGAUGCAUUUCACUGUGCAUUUUGAUGUACAUGUGACAAAUAAAGCUAAGCUUUAAUCUUUAAAGGGCAAUCCUUUCAACCCACCAUGUCGGUGCUGACCGCGAUCUAUCCAUUCAUUUUUACCAGCACAGGACCAUUGCUUUCUAUGCCUCGGCUCAACUACUCCAGAUAUCCCUUAAGUAUUGUGAGAGUAACUGCCUUCACCACCUACUUAGAUAGAGACAUCCAUUUUCCAACCAUCCUUCAGGUAGAAAAAAAGUCCACAGAAAAAAAAUCCACAGAUCCCCUUGGAAUCUCUUACCUCUUAACCUAAAUCUAUGCCCACUAGAAAAAGACUGUUUUGCUAUGAGAAAAAAAAAGUUUCCCCCUAUCUAUCCCAACAAUACCCCUGAUAAUUUUGCAUUCCUCUGUUGUCUCUCUUCACAGCACCCUCCAUACUUAAGCAAAAAAAUCCAUAUAAUUCAAACAUUUCCUCACAAUUUUUUGGGAUUAUUUUGUAAAUCAUUUAUUCCCGGAAUAAAAUAAAAUUUAACCUCUAACAGUCAUUCCAGUAAUAUUGGGCUCAAUAGACUGUUAGCUUUUUUUUAAUUCAUAGGGCAAAUAAAGAGAAAAAAAGAAAUAAGGAAUAAGUUAAAGAUUAGAGUGAGAUGGUCAGCCAUAGAAAUUCCAAGAGACAGAGUAAAAUUUCAGUUUACGGAAUAUAGAUGAAAAAUGCAUGUAAUUUAUCCAAAUUGUUAAGUAAGUAACUGUUGCGGAUAACUCUCAGGAGCAGCAGACAGAAUAGAUCAGGCCGACUCAGAGAGUUGUUUCAGACGAAAGGAUUUUAUUUACAUGAUAUCAUGGACAGCUCAAGCACCUAAAAGCGGGAUCUUGGAACUCUGCUUAACAAUAGAGUAAACUCUUAGUUAAUCCCCAAACGUAUGUGACAAGAAGCACUCAAAGCUGUAAGGAGGAACCUAAACUACAAUUCUACAGAAUAGUGAAGCUGCACAAUAUGCCCUGAGAGGUUAUCCAUUUUCUUGAGUGUUGGUUCUGAGGAAAGUAUAUCGGGCUUGCUCAACCACAGACGUGUGAUAAUUCUUAGAACAAAGCACAGAUAUAGUUAUUUCUACAUCGCGUCUACAGCGCACAUUUUAGUCACGCAGUGUAAAUUAGUCAGAUAAGUGACUAUAGCUUUUAAAUUCACACUCUUAAAAAUCGUUAACCCCUUAACAUCUGUCACAAGGUCUUAGUAUUUUUCUUCCACAGUAACAUUUGAUCUGGUAUAGACUAGAAGUUGUAGCACAGAAGUAAUUCAUGUAUCUCAAGCACAGACACAGUAUAAGCUAUAAAACAAGCAGUUGAGUGCGUGUGUGUAAGAGGGAGUGUCGUCUUUAAUACUAUUAUCAUCAGUACGUGCAAGGAGCAGCAACAUGACGUUCUACUUGAUGAGACAAGCACAGAGCAGAGUGUGUUGGAUAGAGAGGCUGAUGAGCACCAUUAGAAAUUUGGCAGGGUGACAGAGGAUUGCCAAGCAGUGCACAUUGCAACAUUUCCUGCAGGAUAGUAAAGUCAAUACCUGAUGACAGUAUUUGAAAGAGGAUAAAGAGAUGCCGCACGUGCUGAGGAAACAUUGUUUAAUCUGUGUUACUGGUAUUUAUGGUUGCCACUGGAAACAAAAUCCAUUGCAUCGCAACAAAAAGAUAGAGUCUACCUGGAAUAUUAUCCUGUCUUGCUGCUUUGUCAUCAGUAUUUUCUGGUUUUACUGCUGGUGGGCGAUGCUUAAUGACUACAGCAAUUUAAAUGAGUAUUUAUUUGGAAAAAUACAUCGAUGGUUAGAUUGGUCUGUAAUUCUUCUGGUAUUGGCAGCGACCAUCUUUAGCUAUUUCUUUCUGCUCGUGGUAAGUUUACUGAUACUUGCACUGUGUCACCGUGCUUUGGGUGCGCCAAUUUAUUUACACUGGAUAAACAAGGUUGCCAUGCUUAUUUCUGCCUUUCUUAUCUUAAUUUUGAUGGCUGUCAUUAGAGUAAAGUGGAAGGAAGAAUGGGACACUAUACACAUGUCUAUUCAAGUAACAGCUCCUUUCUUUCACUUUGGUGCUGUUGCUGCUCUUACCAUUGUGACUUGGCUAAUGGCCAAACACUUCCUCCAAUGUAAAAAACGUGUUUUCCAGAUUGUCUUGUUCAUAUCUUAUCUUGGAUUGGUGAUAUUUCUUUAUUUGAUUCCUCUUGCAAUCUCCUCUCCUUGUAUUAUUGAAAAGGCAAAAUUGGCACGAAAACCAGCUCUGAUAGGGCACCGAGGAGCACCCAUGUUGGCACCAGAGAACACAAUGAUGUCUUUCAAAGAGACUGUAAACUGCGAAGCAUCUACAUUUGAAACUGAUGUACGGAUUAGUUUGGAUGGAGUUCCAUUUAUAACGCAUGACAGAACAUUUGAAAGGACGACAGAUGUAAUGGAAGUUUUCCCCAAGCGAGUUCACAAUAAUGCCUCAAGUUUUACAUGGGCAGAGAUUCAGCGGCUCAAUGCUGGAAAAUGGUUUCUGAAGAAAGAUCCUUACAGCACAGCACGGUCAUUACCAAAGGAAUCUCAAGAAGAAGCUCUCAAACAGCAUGUUUGUUCGCUGGCUGAACUGCUGAAACUUGCAAAAGACACUAAAAAAUCUAUAAUGUUUGACUUGCGAACUCCAACUGACAUAUCUCAUCCAUACUACAACAAAUCACAUGAAGUUGUUGUGGAAACCAUCAAGAAUUCCUCAAUUGACCACAAUCUGAUCCUUUGGCUGCCCAACAAUAAGAAUAGCACCCCUUCUGGUUUCCAGCAGGUUCUGGGAGAUAAACUUGACCCAGAAAUACUGCAAAGGAAGAAAAUUUACAAAAUCAAUAUUCGUUAUAGCAACAUCAGUGAGGUGGAGAUCAGUAACUAUGCAGCAAAAAAUAUCAGCACAAAUGUUUAUGUUGUCAAUGAACCCUGGGUGUUUUCGACACUAUGGUGUGCCAAGGUAAAUUCUGUCACAACCAAUGCAUGUCAUAUCUUCAAGAAGAUGGAAGUACCUAUUUGGCACAUGAACCCUGAAGCCUAUUUAAUAAUAUGGAUAACUGUAGAUUCUGUGUCUUUCCUGUUGAUUCUUUUAAUAUGCUUCAUUCAAUGGUCAAGACACAGGCAUAUCAGAGGUGUUAACAUGCACAGAAACACUGAGGAGACUAUACUAUAAUUAAGCUUUGAGAGCUCUGUUGCUCUAUACCUGCCAUAACCCUUAACUGUUCAGUAUCAUAGGAAUUGGACUGUGACUUACAGUAUGCAAAGUAAAGGUCAAAGGAAAACUGUACCUAAUUUUUUAAAAAUAUUUUUUUAAUGAAUUGAAGUUUUAAGAGCGCAGUUUUAUAAAAUAUCAAAGUUUAAGAGUGCAAUUUAUAAAAUAAAAUGUGUAUUUUUUUAUCUGAAACUCUGUCCUGUUUCA